AAUUUUAUGUUUAAUAUGUGGUGACAAAUCAAAUGGUAGACAUUUUUCAAUAUAUACAUGUGAACCGUGUAAAUUAUUUUUUAGGAGACAUAUCAACAAAAAAUCGCAAUUAAUAUGUGCAUCCAAUGGGAAAUGUAUUAUAAAUGUUUCGACAAGAAAAUUGUGUCCCAAAUGCCGAUUAGACAAAUGUUAUUCAAUGGGUAUGAAACAGGAAUUGGUUAAUUCAAACAUUAAUAGAUUAAUUAAAAAUAAUGAUAUCAAUGAUCUGGAUAUUAAAUCAACUGAAUUGUCUCAAAAACUUAAUGAUGACAUUUGGUACGAGUUUGCCAACUGGUUGAACAACAAUGAUAACAAUAGUGAAGAGGAGGAGGAGGACAGGGAGUCUAGUAAUGGAAAGUUAGAUAAAAUUGAAAAAAAUCAUAGAUUAGACGACACCACCACUACUACUACCAACGUAUCUAAUAUAGCACAGCCUAAGACUGUAAUGGUCGACUACGAGGGUCUCAAUCAGCUACAAGUCAACCGUAUCAAUGAGUUAAUAACCGCUGGCCGUGUUUUUCGGCAUCGGGUCAGCAAAAACAUUGUCCAUUUGAAUAACAAAGAAGAUAUUAUGCAAUUGAGUCGACAGAGAACCGAGGAGUCGAUUCGGGAGAUUAUCGCUUACGCCAAACGUGUCCAAUCGUAUACGGAUUUGUGCACCGAUGACCAGUUGAUAUUGGUCAGAUACGGGUCACUGGAUCAGCUUAUAGUCAGGAUGGUCGACUAUUUUGAUACUAAUAUCAACAAUUUUGUCUUAUAUAUUGAUAGUAACACAUCGUUGACAUUUUACGAGGACACCAGAGACCUGGGUCCUAACCGACGCCAAUUGGACAGUCAAUUGAGACCGGUUUAUAUGAAAUUUUUGACUACUAUGCUGUCCCAGUGCCGAAAUGACCCGAUUAUCACGGAAUUGCUAUCGGCAAUAGUUAUGUUCAAUCCAUACCUACCGGACCUCGAGCACAGGCAUACAGUCAAACUUGAACAACAAUUAUACAUAUAUUUAUUGCAACGAUAUUUGCAAUGGAAAUACCGAUUCGGUAGGGAAUGGGAGAUACGAUUGCAGACCAUAAUGAAUACAGUUAUGGAUGUGCGGACAUUGGGUGACAUAUAUAAGCGCAUUGAACACAACGAUUAUCGACAAUAUAUAACAAAAUAUGGACCAGAAUUUACCUCAUAUUAUGGUCCACUCGCUAAAGAAAUCUAUAAUUUUUUAAUAUAA